CACACUGCAGAAAGGGUUAUAAGUAAGGGAACUCUCCUCUCAACAAACUCUUCUUGGGGCACUUACAACGUGCUCUGUGUUCAGAGAAAGGGAACCCUGCUUUGCCUCCUCCCCAACCCCACCCGGAGGAUGUGUGCGCGGGAACUCGCGGACAAGUAGCUACCACAUAGUGUGAUUGAAGUUCAAGACCAGUGAGACACAAAGGAGGAACUGAUUAACUUGACCCGCACGUGCGUCGGAAACGCCUUCACAGAAGAGGUAGCUUCUUAGAAUUUCGAGGCUGGGGGCCAGGAGGGCAGGAAGGAACCGCAAGCUGGGGCGCUAGCGUGACCGAGGAACAGAGAGGGAGGAGUGUCUGGACUAAGUGGCCAGGGGCCAGCCUCGGAAAGCAACUUUGAUGAGUAUCUUCCAUGUGUAAGAGAUCGGUUACUCGGCUCAGUGAACUUAACUCGGGAACUCAACGCCCCCUCCAGUGACUCCCCAUGGCCCGGAACCCACUUGGUUCCGAGUGCCACGGGACCCACUGGCCGGACAGCGCGGGAGGAAGCCGCUGCUCGAGUGGGCGGCCGACGCCCUUCUCCCCGGCGCCGCUUGCGCGCGUCUCUCGGACCCUGGAAUCGGCGCGAGGGGCUGGUGCUGGCCGCGACCUGGGGGUCGGACGGGGCCUGGUGGGCUUCUCCCGCAAGGGGCUGGUGCCACUCGGGGGCCCGAGAAGGGGCGGCAGCCGGGGCCCGCAGCGGUCGUUCCCGACAUGCUCCUCUCGAGGAGGAUUUGAAACCCUCGGCCACAGCCACCUCCCCUCCCUCGGCCCCGUCGGGCCCCAGCAACAGGCGGCGGCCCGCGUGUCAUUGGCCGGGCCGCGCGAAAGCGUGUUUUGAUUGGCCGCCGCGCUUCCCGGCCCAGCUUCUGCGCUCACUGUCGCCUCCAUUUUGUCGGUAGAGGCAGAAGGAGGAGGUCGGCCGGGACGAUAAGGUGGCCUGCAGCAGGCUCGUCGGUGCCCGUUGGCUUCGCUCGUUCCGUGCCUCGUCUCUCCCUGGAAGGGGAGGGGGGCUUCGACGCCGAGCAGGAGCCGCCGCUGUCGUAGUCCCGAGCU